AUGAAGCACCUCAUCGUUGUAGGUGCUUGCUACUUGGACACGAUACUCAAGAACGUCACCCUCGUCUACACACUCAUGACAUGGACAUCUACUGACCUACCUCUAGUCCUCAAUAUCCGACGUGGGGGUAACUGCCCCAACUCACUGCAAGUCUUGGAACAGCUGGUUGGCGAUCGUGAUGCCCUCCAACUGCAUCUAGUAUCACCGCUGCCUGACGCCUCCUCAUCCGCAACGCGGCGUGUUGUCUCUUCGUUCGGUUCGCAGUCCAAGAUCGACUUCAGCCGUUGCUUAUAUCGAGAGGGGCGUACGGAGGCGGCAAGCAGUUACAUCCUCCGCAGCCAGGAGACAGGCAGCCGUACCGUCAUAAAUUACAACGACUUGCCCGAGAUGACCGAAGACGAGUUCGGCAACAUUGCGCGAAGCUUCGAAGCAGGCGAGGAAACAUGGUGGCAUUUCGAGACUGAGUGUGAAUGGAUGCAACAGGGCCGAAUCCCGGAUACCGUACGGAGCUGCAUCCGCCUUUUGCGUAACGUCCUACCGAAUGCCAAUAUCAGUGUUGAGAUUGAGAAGCCUGGCAGGGAAGGUCUUCCGCAGCUGGCAUCAGAGGUGGACGCUGUCUUCUAUUCGCGAAGUUGGGCUGAGAGCCGAGGCCACAAAACUCCUGAAGAUUGCCUGAAAGGCGAAGAACAUCGAAUGGCGUCACUGGCACUGUGUACGUGGGGUGCAGAGGGAGCAGCUGGACUGUCUCGGUCGUCAGGCGAGACUGUUCACUGUCGCUGGCCUGCCCAAGCCCUAGCCCAGGAUGUAUACGGAGGAGACAUUUCCGUCAUCGAGUAUGUUCCACCCAACGCACAACUCAUACGCACAACUCAUACCAUCAAUCGCGUACCCGUAGAACUGCAGAAACUGACCGCUGUCCGAGAUAUAGUGCCGUGGGAGCAGGGGACACAUUCAUAG